AUGGCCCUCGCAGCUCGGUUUGCGCUGGCACCUGGUCCCCUGCCGGUUGGUGCGUUUGCGCUCCUGCUGGAUAUACAGGUAGUGUGCAUGGUUAUCCAGUGCCUUGAGUCAUCCUUCUCUUUCUGACUCAUUUUUGUUGUUGGUUAAAAUCCUCGUCAAGAGUUCGUUGUGGACCAGGGAGUGAGGUGGUACGCCUAGAUGCAGGUCCGGCCAUGCCAGCCACCUGGGCCCUUUCCCGUGUCCUUUCCCGCGCCUGCACUCACCUUGCUAUUGGAGCACACGGUGGGCGUGUUCGGAACCGACGACCAACCCAUCAUGCGGUGACCACCCCCCUCGUAGACUCUUUAGCUGUCGUGCCACACGCAUGUAUUCUCCGCCAGCUCUUGAUGUCUUUUGCUGAACUGGUUUCUUGUUUACUCAAAUAGAGUAAUGUCGCAGUUAAUGUUUAAUAUUUUUUCUUGGCCGCCAGAUCAUAUGUAAUCGAACAGUAUACCUCCCCAAUCAGAGCGAAAACUGCUAACUUCUGUCCAUCAGCGAACAUCUUUUUAUCGGGAGGUGUCAAAACAGCUGCCAUGGACCGCCUAUAAAGCACUCGCCGUCGUUCAGUCUAACCGUUCUCAACCACCAAUAUCUUCUACAGGGCGAAGCGUCACUACCACUAUUGACAUUAUACUUCCAUGCUACCUUAACCGGGUGUGUCACCACGACAGCCUCAGGCCUUUAUUGACGACUCGACUGGACUUACAACCAGCAGACAGUGCACUUGCAUGUAUGAAAUGUUGGCUCUUAUAUUGGCCAUACCUUCCUGAAUUCUGAGUUUUAACAAUAAGCGGCAAAAGCAGCCCGACUAGUGGCUCCACUAAAUGGACAAAAUUAGUGGAAAUACACAUAGUCUGCGCCUUUUCUCCAAAACCUGAUAAUGCACUUAGUCGGUGGCCUCGUUAUGGGGAUGGUUGUCGAUGGGUCUAGAGGAGAUAUAAUUGCUAGGAACGGAUACUACGGCGUUAGUAUGCUAUUAUUGAUGUCAUACAUUGCAGCACUUAUGCCACACAAAUCGAAAUGUAAGUUUCCGAUAGACGAUUACUAGAGAAAACCUUGGGUGUGUACCUCUUGGUAUUUUACAAUGGUUGCGUCCAUAAUUCAUUAAGCCUGCCACGUUCCCUAAUUAAUGCAGAUAUCCAUUUAAACCGUGUUUGUCGCUGCAGGCCUCAAACUUCGCUCUACGUUGUGUCUUAUGGAUCAUUAUCCUCCGUUCAGACCUUUCCAAAUUUAAAGAAGGUUAGCUUUCAGAUUCAUCCUGUGAACCUAUGCGUUUCAUACUUCUUUUAUAGACUCAUUUUGGUAGCAUUAUCUAGACGCUGAAAGUUAAAACUAUUAUUAUGAUUAUUAUUAACGCACUUUUGCGUAUAAAGUCAGAAAAAAAAACUAAGACAAUCACUAAAGCUGCCUGCGAGUCAUAUCAAAGGUGAGCUGUCAGGUUCUGGAAAUAACCAGCGUGUUUAGCACCUGUGCGAUGAUGAAAUGGGCCAAACGGUGAUUAAGCGAGAAAAAACAGGCGACCACCUUCCCCUGAUGGGGUUCUUGCGAACAAGAUGGGCGGGAACAAUGAUAAAAAUCGUCCUGACGACCAUAAUCAAACAGUUUGAAAUCGAUCAGGAGGCCUAAGAAGCCUCUGGACAUGAUUGACGCGCCUGGUAUACCAUGGUCAAAACAGGAACAUCAAUCUGUGGUGUCAGUCAUUUAAGGGAGGCCGAGACAAGAUAUCAAGGCAACAAGACAGUAAUAUCACGAACUAGUGCCCUGAACACCCAACUCUCCGUCAAAUGACAGUUUGAACACCUUCGGAACUCCCGCAGCGUCAAGACGACCAGCCUUCCUAAAACCACAGAACACCGCCAUCAUAAAUGAGGACAGUAAAUCCACUUAUCGUCAUUGUAACACAGCGUCCCAGCAUCGAUAUACUCUUGCGGGACAUCUCUCUACCCUACAGAAUGGGUACACUCUCAGCAUGCGGAAUGCAUCCGCUAGCAUUUGAGAUGCAACGCGCCGAUUUCGUUCUCAGCCAAUGGCCAGUUGUAGUUCUCAGACUCCAACAUCUGUUUGAUGAAAAUAUAAAAAGUGUCCAUUUGGUCACGCAGUCUAAUUUUUAGCCACGAGACCUUUUUCGAAGUAGGACAUUAAUCGCCUUGGUGUUCUCAAAAGGGCUGCUCCAAAAUCUUGUUUUCUUAGCAAGCACCUCGGACAUCGAUUGGAAAGAGCCUCAUAAUGCAGGCUAAAUAGUCGAGACACUUCCGCAUGAUGGCUUUUAUGCUGCUUUCGGGAUUUUAAAUGCUGGUUGUAGGUACCUAUUUUUGCAAUGAUAACAGGCGACCAAUACAGUAGGAGAAAAAUUUUGUCUGACACCGCCUUUGUCUGGUAUCUUUUCAAUAAACCCGCUGACUGAAACGUCCGCGAACCUUAGAUAAAUGUUGUCAGGAGACAACUGGAAUGUCAUUUACGGGAGUGGCGCGCAUUGUUGUUACCACGGCAUCCGAAUGAGUACCAGUAGAAAGCCGUGUCCCACAGGGUUCGGUCUAAGGUCCUCUCUUUUCCCUCAUCUAUAUACACCACUGCCCUUAUGAUAUUAAUUGCAGUGCUGUCAUGUUUGCAGAUGAUAUAAACCUGGAAAAUAAUUAUCUGUGCUGAGGUCGCGCAGAAACUAUAAGGAGAUAUUGGUAGGCUGGCUGCAUGGUCCACCAAGUGGUUUCUGACGUUUAAUGAAUUCAAAUGUGUAGUCGGAGACGUCUCACAAAACACAAGUAUACCAUAAAUGAGGUUCCACCAAAGGAAGUAGACACGCCCAAAGACCUAGGUGUCUGGAAAGUUCAAAAGUGCUGCACUCCGAACACUACAAAAGAGCCGUCCAAAGGGCAACGGGCACCGUUCACUGGAUCUUGCGUGCUUUCGUAAUCCUUCAUCCCGUGCUCAUUGCGCAGAUAUUUGGCACGUUCGCUAGACUACAUUUGGAAUACAAAAUGAUAGUAUCCCUGCCAGCACCAGCCCCGCCUAGCCCCGCCUGUCCCCCUCAAUAAUGGCGGGGCUAAAGGGGGCUAUGAGGGGGCUAGGCGGGGCUGUAGAGGGGGCUGUGGCGGGGCAUGCAACGCGAUAGCCCCGCCUAGCCCCGCCAGCGAAAAAAAAUGCGCAGGGGACGCCACAUCCCAGCCCACUUUUGGCACCACUUUAAAAUAUCGUCCCCAUUGUCAAAUAUACGAAUUAAUAACACACACAGAUUGUAAACCGGUGGACAAAUAAGAGUUUAAGCAAUGAGGGACUUAAACAAAACCUCAAUAUAUUGUGCUCAUCCGCAGCUACAUUCAGUGGACGUAAACGGAUGCUUUCUCCAUGGUUUAUAAGCCAAUGUUGAUAAACUAGCUCCUUUAAAUUCCAAAGAAGGUACAAUAAGUGGUGCUUUUGGAACAUAUCUUUCGAUGCAAAUACGCUUCAAAAGGCUUCAAUCCAGAGGGGGCUCUGGCCCCGCCCAGCCCCCUCCAGCCCCGCCUAUGAAGGAGCCAUGUGCUGGCAGGCGGGGCUCUGGCCCCACCCAGCCCCUUCCAGCCCCGCCUAUGAAGGGGCAAUGUGCUGGCAGGGAUGGGUGCACUGGAUGGAGAAAGACAGCAACCCCAUCGAGCAGCUGCAAAGAGGGACGGCACAACUGGUGGACGGUCUUAGGACUCUGUCGUAUUCAGAAAGACUGAUCUAGCUCAGUUUGUUCCCCCUAUCCUAUAGAUAGAUGAGAUGCAACCUACUGUGGACAGUUUUCAUUAUUCGCGGACAUAAGUGUUCACUCAAAUCUGAAGAUUUCUUGGUAUUUAAAAUGAGUCGCCUGAGAGGUCAUCCGUACAAAGUUGGACACGAAGAUGCGAGGCUAGACACAAAGGAAGUUUUCUUUCAGGUGCCGGGUAGUUCGACCGUAGUACUCACUUCCAAGUAAAGUAGUGCAGUAGUAGUAGUAGUAGUAGUAGUAGUUGAAUUCGAAAAGUAGCGGUAUUGUCUAAUUUUUUGAUAAGGGACGACCCUUGACUUCGUCAGUCUUGCCAACUUCUUUUGAUAAGUUUUUUGUAAAAAAAAAUAUUGUGCAAGGUGUUGGCGAAUGUACCCACCUGAUUCACAUCUGAGAACGAGUUAGAAAGCUCCGGAAUGUUCAUUGCCUCCUUCCUACUCAUUUCAAUCCGAAAGGCACCGCCAGCUCUCACUAGAUGGCAUGAACUCCUCCUGUCUUGCACUUUUUAAAUUACGGUCAUUCUGAAUUCGGUUUCUCUGAACGAAGUGUUUGAAGUCCCGAUGAGUGAUAAUAAGGUUUCUGAAAUUGAUAAACUCUAACAUAUGUUUAGUGAAGGAAACACCCCGCAUGUUUGGCAGCGCUUUUUAUCACUUCUAAUUCGGAACUGCGGAAUGGCUUGUUCAAACGGCUAUCAGUCCUCGUUAACCCUCCCCGUAAAACUAUAGUCUCAACUGAACCCGAACAGUUUUGUCCUCAUUUGCUGAAAAUCACCAUGCCAGAUGUGUCAUCCUUAGGCCUGAAUCGUGCAAGCACUGCAGGCCCACUCCUGCAAUGUGGAAAGUCUCUUUGUUCUUAUACCCGCUGUCGAUGUGGCUGAAGAAUACUUUAUGCUUGUUUACAGUUCGUUCUAUUAUUUGCGUCCCAUGCCCCUUCCACAAUCUACGUACAUCUGAGUUUAUCUCGCUCUGCAGUCGAAGGAACUCUCCGUAAUGCAAGGGAUGUCUUGUUGUUCCACGUUUUCGCUAGUGUUUGUUCUUUGUGUUUAUCUCACUCUUUAAAAUUCGCGUUAGACAGGCGGACAAAUUUCCUCUUUGGAUUCUUUCGGCCAGACAUUGACAAUGCAUAACUCUCAUUAUAACUCCUCUGACGAUGACCGACAGCGUUCCGUUAUAUACCGCCACCUAGAGGGCAGUCCUGCUCGCUUUUUUCUGUCAUUAUUUUUAUUGGGGGUUUUUUUCCCCUGUAAAAUUAUUCCAAUCAUUUUUAUUUUUUUGUAAGGAGUUUUUAUUUCACCCCUCAAUCAUCAUGCUUUUCAAUGGACUCCUAGUUCAGAAACUAUGAAUUGCAUUUUGUAAAGAUUCGGCCUACCUCGUCUAAAACUCGCAUGCAAAUUUAUUUUACCUUGCUUUGAGGGGACCCCGACGGGUCUUUAAUAAAAAAUUAUCUAUCUAUCUAUUUAUCUAAUGUUUCUAUCGCCAUCCAGACCCCCUGUAAGAACGUCUUGUCAGUUUAGUAACGAUAAACCAUUUCUCAUGACAGCAAAAUUUUCUCGCCAUAAAUUUUGCCGAGCACUAAUGGUUUCACUUUUUUGGCGCACGAGCAGUAUUCGCACAGCAGCACGACGUGGUCACCCCUACCAAGCCCUGCGAUGGGUUUAAAUUCGUCUGCACUAAUUGGGCCUUUCGAAAAAACGAGAUCUAGGCAACUUGUCCUUUGGGCCUCUUUGAUUCUGAUAGGAAAAGUUGCAUUCUGUGCGGAAAACAGAUUUGUUGCCAGAUUUGGGAAUCAGAAGUCAGAGGAAUAACGCGAACCUUUUACUAAUAAAUUGCUCCAGUCGAUCAUGGCUGCGUUUGAACCCUCGACUAUCAGCGCAUCUCGAUUCUGCGGUACCUCUUUAGUUAACCCGAGCGUUCCCCCAUUAACCUCUGGAGUCCGGCUAAUCAGCCUUUAUACUGUCAGAAAAUCUAGAUUUGAUUCACCACACAUCUUUGCUUUUAACCGCAUUGCUUCGAAGUCAGUUUAACUAGAAUACUCCAUUAAGUGGAGUAGUGGUUCAGGUCGUUAGGUGAAAACACAAGCCUUUCUGGCCGUUCCUCAUAAGGUAAGCUCUUCAGCGCAACGACUAAUUUAGUCGCUCUUCGUUGCACCUUCUCCAAGAAAGUGCAAUCUUGCCUUAUCCAAGGGCGUCAUGCCCGAAUAGCAAAUUCCAAAAUCGGCCGGAUACAUGUCCCAAACAUUCGACCGAAAAGCUCUUCGUCGAAGAUGAGGAAGGAUCUCCUGAUCGCUCCCAGGAUGCCCACAGCCUUAUUUGCUAUCUUUACGCAGACAGACGAGGGCUUGAGCGUGGAUGUCAUCCGUGCAACAAGAUCUUUUACCCUAUUUGCAAGCUCGAGUUCGUGACUGCAGAGGAAAUAGUCAUAUUCAGAUCCCAAAUCCUUUCUAUAAGUAGACCUAAGUCUGAUGAAUUGACAUAUGUUGAAAUUGAGGCUGAGAAGCCAUUAAUCACACCCCUGUUGUAGUCGAUUCAAGUUGUUUUGCAAGCUUAGAGUGUCCUCUGGCCUUUCUAUCGAACUCCGCAUCUUCAGAUCAUCAGCGAACAUUACCUUCUCGCUGGCUAGGUAAUCUAGGCAAUCGUUCACAUAUAUCAAGAACAGAAUGGGGUCCAGAACGCUCCCCUGUGGGACACCGCUGUGAAGGGUUUAUCACUCGGAUUUGACAUCACCAAUGCACACCCAUUGACCUCGGCCUGCAAUAAAGCCGGUCAACCACUUGAGAAGGUUGCCAGUCACACCCAUAUGACACAGUUUAUAUACGACCUGUCUGUGUGGCACCCAGUCGAAGGCUUUGCUGAAGUCAGUGUAAACUGAAUCUACUGGCAAACCCACCCCUAGGGAUUUCGUAUAGCUUUCCCUGGAUAUGGGCAGGUUAGUAAAUCAGGAUCGACCACCUCUCAAUACAUGUUGAUGCACACUAAGCAAGCCGUUCUCCUCAAUAUAUCUCAUUAACUCCCCUUACGUUAUAUUCUCCAUUAUUUUGCAACAAUUGCUUGUGAGACUCACUGGUCUGAAUAUAUUUGGCGAGGUUCUUUCUCUCCCUUUAUAUAUGGGACUGAGGUUGGUUAGUCUCCAGUUAGUAGGCAGGGCGCCUGCUUCCAUGAAACUUUCGAAGAUCUUGGAGAGUGUGGAGGCCCGUUGGUCUGCGAGUUCGUAGGUAACUUUUGCGGAUAUACCAUCCGGACCAGACGAUCUAGUGGGCUGCAGCCGUCUCAGAGUUUUCCUUACUGCGUCCUUUGUGAACGUCACUGUGUUAAUUGUUUUUCCAGGUAGAGCAGUUUGCCGAUGUUCUUCCUCAUCAAAGUCGGCUCCUCGAUAUACACAGACAUGAAGAAACCGGAUAAGAGUUUUGUCUCAUCCGAAUUAUCGGCUGACUUCUUUCCCUGACAAUUUAUGAGACAAGGAAUAGAGUUCCGAUUACGUUUUGCCACAUUCACGUACAACAAGAACUUCUUUGGAUUUUUUCAAAAUUUCAUUGAGUAUUUUAGACUCAAAUACUGCCCUUUCUCUUCUCAGGAGACUCCGACACCUACUUUGCUGUUGCUUACAUUCCGAGCGAUGUUCAGACGGUUAACAUGUGACGUACCUCUUCCACAGCCUCCUUAUCUUUUGAAGAUUUCUCUUUAUUUCUGACGUCAUCUCCUCUUGUCGGGAGACGCACGAUCUCCUUUUGAAAAGGUAGCAAUUUUCUACCAAGUUCCAGAUCACGUUCUUAAAGAAAACCCAGGCGGCGUUUGGUUCAGAUGCAUGCGCAGGGUUCCAUUCUAUGUCAGUCAGCAGUUCUUUCAUUUUGGAAUAAUUCCCUUUCCAUGCAUUGCUCUUCCUUUCGGUUCGAAUUUUGGGUACAGAAAAAAGACUGUACCGCCAAACAAGAACGCACUGAUCACUUCAGCCCGGGGGCAUGUUAGAAGUCGCUCCAAGUACACAAUUUUCAUCCCUAGUAAUGAUGAGAUACAAACACCUUGACUGCUGUCCACUUCGGAAUCGGGUGUUCAUUGCAACAUAUUGAGUAAAGAGCUCGUCAGUAAUCAAUUGAGGUAGCUUCUAUAGGAAUGAGUUUUCCGAUCGCGUGUAGUGCAUCGAUUCCCAAUCGAUGUCCGGAGAAUUAGAAUCUCAAGUUGUAUGACGUGUUUGCUAUGGCUGAUUUGCUUCAACUCUGUGAUGAGUUCAUCGUCCGUGUCCCUCCGAUGUCCCAGACGGGAGUCUGUAUACCAGAGCAACCUGGAGUUCCGGUUGGUUUGGUAUUUUCAAUUUACAGCUAGAGAUUUCGCAGCCAGUGUUCCCUUUUGGUGAGGACCCAUCCGUGGCGUAGCUAAUGCCGUCCCGUAUGAACAUCGCGAUUCCCGCACUCAUACGUCCAUUUCGAUCAAUGCGGAUGAGCCGCAAUUCGUCUAACGUUAAUUAUGCGUCCGCUACCUGCUCAUUGAACCAUGUUUUUUGAGAACUAUAAAGUCAGGUUGCAAGUGGGUCACGGUCAGCUUAAUUUCAUCAAAUUUUCUAAAAAGACUCUGUACGUUUGUGCACACCAUUACCAUGCAUUUGUGGCUCUCUCGGUCCCUGUAAAUUGUAAGUUGGUUCUUGUGUCUGACAGUUAUUACUGUACUUUUCGCACGAAAUGUUCGGUUCAUUGUGGGACUUCAAUUUUAAAAUAGUUCGAUGAAGCGGAUGACUGUCGUGGUAAUCGUCAAGUUCACCGGAUAAUUCCUUAUAAACAUGCGUUCCGUUUUGAUGAUUUCAUUGCCUACAAUCUUCAGAUUAAAUAAAUAAAUGAAUAAUUUUUAUUAAAGACCCGUUGGGGUCCCAUCAAAGCAAGUAAAAAUACAUUUCCAUAUGAAUUUUAGACGAGGUAGGCUCUGACGCCUUUUCAUUUGAUAGAUGGGAGAGUAAUCUGGCUGAAAAAACCCUCCACGGCUGUUGUUUCGUAGUCGGGAAUUUCGAGAUAAGAUUAGAUCAGUCUGCUGAUUGCUUCCCAAGACGACUUUCAGUGACUUUGGUCGCAUCUCCUCUGUGUCGCCUCUAACAACGGACCCCAAACAAAAGAAAUUUUACAUUUCAGUUACCUCGCGUUCUAGAGUCUCAUUUAGUGAAUUUUGGAAUGUUAAAGGUCCUGCUUGACCCUCUCCACAGGGGUUUCGUCAGUAACCCCAGGAACUCCAUGGACCACUACACAAAGUGAUCUUUUAAGAAAAACCUGUCUCUCUAUCACGCUUUCCUCUAUUAAUGGGGUUGGAAUCACGGAUUUUGGUUCUGCCCUAACUAUUGUGCUUACACUGCUCUGAAGCUGGGACUUUAAUGGUUAUUUCUCGAAAAUCGCUUUGGAUCGUUCAGCCAUAGCUACUUCUUCUGACAUUCCGUCCUUCGACUAGCGCCCAGCGGGUGUGUUUUUGGGCUUGUGGCUCCCAGGUAUGUUGCUAAACUGCGCACAUCCAUGAUGAAAGAAUUUGCGCCUUUGGUUUGCCGCCUCACAGGACUUGUUGCAUUAUAGUCCAAUGGACACACGUAGGGAGAGCUAAGAUCGCUCUUUCGUAGUUUACAUGAAUACAUACGAUUACGGUCUACAGAUAGCUGCCUUAUUUUGGUGCAGACGGACUCCAUACAGCAGAUUUUUCAAAAUUAUGGAAGUGCGAAGGUCAGUUACAUCUCCGCCUGUUAUAUUUAUGUUCCCCUUUAUUUUGAUUGAGUCGGAAGAUUUAUCUGACGACUUCGUUCGUUGCCUCUAUUUAUUUCGCUGAACGUGAAGUUCAUCGUCUUUUUUCGGUUCCGUGAGAUUCCUGUGGUCCUUUUUAUUGGUGUCUUUCAUAUCUUUUGCGUUAUGUUCUAGGGUUGCUGGUGGGGUGCCUCAGGGCUCCGUUCUCGGGUCAUUACUGCUUUUAAUCUAUGCCAGUGUGAGCAUGAAUGAUCUUGACUGCGAGCAAGUCAUGCUUGCAGACGACAUCAGAAUAUGGAGGAGAUACAAACUGAUGAGCAGACUCUGCGAGGAAUACUUAACCACCUACGUGAAUGGUUCCACAAACGGUGGCUGAACUUCCACUUUGAGAAUUGUAUCGCAAUGCGAUUCAAAGCGAAGAGGAGAACAAAUAGAGAUGAUCACCUAUAAUUACUUGACAGAAGGUGCCAGUCAAAUGUCACUGAACAAAAGGACCUCCUAAUCAGCAUUUUUUCAUCGUUGAAGUUCUUCACUCAACGCGGCAGGACGGCAAAUGGAGUGACCGCUGUCCUCCUCGUCAUUAAGGUAGCUUUUAUACAUGAGGAGAAGCUACUUAGGAAAUACUAUUGAGUCUCUAUUCGCUCUCAAGCAAAAUUUGGAACUCAGGAGUGGCGCCCGUAGCUGAAAAAUAUUUAUAUGCUGCUGGAAAGGGUUAAAUGGGAGACAACAAAUGUCGUGAAGGGUCAGAAUGUGGUGAGGUACCUGACUAAUUUAACUUUGACAAUUUAGUCACAUUUCCUUUGACCGCAUUGCUUGUUUGAAUGUGACGAGAAACGACACACCUGUACAACCCGCCUUGCUAGCGUGCUCUGCUGUGGUAUUCAGUUGUCAGUUUUUCUUAACGUUCAAAAAUCUCUAUAUUAUUCACUGCUCCGAUUUACUUGCUGCAUUUAAGGCUAGGGGCUCGUAAGAUAUAACUCGUUAGUUCGUGAGAACAUUACGAUUUACGACAUUGGUGACUCCCGACGUUUACGCAGACUUUAUAGCUUUCUGUCAUACUGGAUAACAUUUAACGUACUAUUUGCUUGUGAAUAUCUAUUCCAUUUACAUUUACUUUCCUCACGAAUUCUGAUAUUUUGACAUCGCUGUCUUAUUAUGUCUCACUCCGAUCAACAACUCGAUGCCCCCGCCCAGUCCUUCAUGCAAUCAAUUUUACUUUGCCUGAAUUCUGGCAACACGCUCCAGAACUCUACUUCAUCCGCAUAGAAUCAGUCUUUUAUUCUGCUGACGUUACCAAGGAGCUAGCAAAAUACCACAAACUCGUGGAGGCCCUCCACGUUAGUGUCAUCUCUCAAGUUCAGUCCUUGCUACCUAAUCCUCCUGCAGAUGCUCCCUACUCCGCGUUAAAGGCAGAAAUCCUCCGACUUAAUUCUGUGUCUGACCGACAGAGGUAUCACCAGUUAAUUAGGGAAGAGUCACUGGGUGACCGGAAGCCCUCAGAGCUUCUACGUCGGAUGCGUUGUCUCCUUGGAGACAUGCAAGUUGAUGAUAAAUUUGUCAAGGAGAUGUUCCUGGAGCGCCUGCCCACAGAAGUUCAAACGAUCCUGGCGUCCGGCUCUCAGGAUCUCACAGUGUCACAGUUGGCUGAGAUGGCGGAUCGAAUGAUAGAGGUGCAACGAUUCCAGUCACCUUCCGUUGCCCAGAUCUCAUCCUCAUCGUCAGUGAAUGAGCAUUUACUAAAACAGGUGUCGGCCAUGGCAGAUGAGAUGGCCUCUCUUAAAAUACAGCUCGCCCGCCUAACUUCCAGUCGCUCACGCAGUCGUCGUCGUUCACGUUCGCGACCUCGGACUGCUGAUACUUGCUGGUACCACACUAAUUUCGGCUUAAAGGCCCGUCGCUGUUCCUCACCUUGCUCUUUUAAGCCAAAACAGGAAAACCAGUCAGCCCGAGAAUAGAUGCGACCGUUUUCUCUGGCUCCUCCGGCUCUGGUCGCACCUUCUAUGUUUGCGACACUGCGACUCGCAGACGUUUUCUGGUGGACACUGGAGCUCAAAUAAGUGUUGUUCCCCCAACUGCAGCUGAUCGUCGUUUCCCUAGUCCUGGUCUUCAUCUUCAAGCUGCUAACUGUUCCCCAAUUCCCACUUUUGGCAGUCUGUCCCUCACCCUGAACAUUGGACUUCGUCGGUCAUUUACUUGGAUCUUUGUGAUUGCCGAUGUCUCUCAUGCAAUCCUCGGCUCGGACUUCCUUGCCGAGUUCGAUCUCCUUGUUGACUGUCGACGUGCCCGUCUCCUCGACCGCACAACCGGUCUGUUCGUCCGUGGACUAACUCCAUUUACUGCCCCCUCAACUUAUCUGUCCUGGAUACAGAUAUUGCUAGUCCUUUUCGGCAACUGCUGCUUAGUCACCCCAACAUAAUUAACGCCCAGUUUCGCAGUGGUGAAGUUCAACAUGAUGUUGUGCACCAUAUCCGCACCUCAGGUCCUCCCGUGUUUGCUCGACCGAGACGACUAGCACCGGAGCGUUUUCAGGCCGCGACGGCGGAGUUUGAACACAUGCUGCAACUGGGAAUAAUUCGACCGUCCGAGAGCCCUUGGGCGUCCCCACUGCACAUGGUGCCCAAGGCAACAUCAGGCGACUGGCGGCCCUGUGGUGACUAUCGCGCCCUCAACAAUGCGACCAUCCCGGAUCGUUAUCCCGUCCCUCAUCUUCAAGAUUUUGCUGGAGCUCUUUUCGGCAAAUCGGUUUUCUCGAAGAUUGACCUUGUUCGGGCCUUCCAUCAGAUUCCUGUCGCUCCUGAGGAUGUUCCCAAAACUGCCGUCACCACACCAUUCGGCCUGUUCGAAUUUAUUCGCAUGCCAUUUGGUCUUCGCAAUGCUGCCCAAACAUUUCAGAGGUUCAUUGAUCGGGUUCUACGUGGUCUCCCGUUUGUGUACGCCUACAUCGAUGACCUCUUGGUGGCCAGUCGAAAUGCCGAGGAACACAAAGAGCAUCUUGCCUUAGUGUUUGACCGCCUCGAUCAGUUUGGCGUGGUCAUUAACCCUUCCAAGUGUGUCCUGGGUGUGCCGUCCCUUGAUUUUCUUGGUCACCAUAUCGAUGCACAAGGUUUGCGUCCCCUCUCUUCCAAGGUUGAGGCCAUUCGUGACUUUCCUCCACCAACCUCCAAGCGUCAGCUGCAACGUUUCCUUGGCAUGGUAAACUUUUAUCGCCGGUUCCUACCGAACUGUGGCGACCUUAUGCUGCCAAUCACCAACUUGCUCUCUGGUCCCAAGGGUCCCCUUGAGUUACGUGGCCACGCGCUGACUGCAUUUGAGAGACUAAAGACCUCCCUUGCUGAUGCUACCUUGCUCACUCAUCCUGCUCCAGAAGCCCCAUUGUCGUUGAUGGUUGAUGCUUCGACCGUUGCCGUAGGAGCAGUCCUCCAACAGCAUAUCAACAACUCGACACGACCGUUGGCAUUCUUCUCCAAGAAGCUUUCACCUGCCGAGACGAGAUAA